GCGCUGCCCAUGCCCAUGCAGGUGCAGCCGGCGCCCAACCCCCGGCUCGAGGAGGCCCAGCAAAGAAAAACCUGGGGAGCGGCCACCUCCGACGCGCUGUCGGCGAGAUACACGGCCGUCGCAGAUGAUGCGCAGCAAUCGGCGAAGAAAAGGGAGGCUGCCAUGAUCUUUGCCGUUGCAGAGGGCCACAUUAAUGACAAUGAGGACUUUGAUGCUGCUCUCCAGGCUGGCACACAGGCACUUGAGAUGUUCAAGGAUCUCGGCGACAUUGAGGGAGUGUCAGACUCCCUUCGAGUCGUGGUGGAUGCCAUGCGGCUCGCCUCCGCCAAGAAGGAGGAGAAACCAGACGAAGCCCUGCGGCUGGCCUCAGAGGAGUUGGUCUGGUUCCGGGAGCAGGGCCAGAAGAGGGGCCAGGCUUCGAUGCUCUUGGCCCUGGCAAGGGUAAACACCAGCGGCAAACGAGGCGUCAAGGAUCGCGAUCAGGGCGUUCGACAGGCCAAAGAGGCUUUGAAGAUCUACCGGGAGUUGAGUGACAAGCCCAUGGAAGGUGCCGUGCUGCUAGUUCUUGGCGAGCUGUACAUCUAUGUCAAGUCCUUCCAAGAGGCAAUAGGUGCCGCAAACAAGGCUCUCGCAAUCUUCGAAGAUGCCGAGGAUUCGCGAUCCGAGGCGCGCUCUCUUCACCUUCUGGCAGAGGCGAGGUUUGGCAACCGCCAGAUGGAAGGUGGCAAGCAGGCUGCGGACGAUGCGAUAGCUAUUUGGACGGAGCUUGGCCUCCGACGACAGGAGGCCAUCGAGCACCUUUCCGUAGCAAGAUGGCACGCCGAAGAGGAGUCCUUGCGUUCAACUGCUUGCUUCGUGUUUCGGGGAAACCCCAAAAGGCUGAUGUAUCCUUGCGAUAUCCGCCCAAAGAUGCAUCACGGCAUUUCUGCCACAAGAUAUUCGACAUGA